AUGGGAUCUAGUUUAGCAGAUUCAAUUGUCCAACCAGUCAAUGACAAAAUUAAGGAUGUAAUUGGGGGUUCCGGAGGGAGCUCUGUGCCAGAACCUCCAGCUAAAGCGGGAAUUGCCUUGUUCUCUCCUGAAUACUACGCUGCCUGUACCAUUGGUGGGAUUGUUGCCUGUGGGCCCACGCAUUCUGCCAUGACACCAUUAGAUUUGGUCAAGUGUCGUCGUCAAGUGGAUUCAUCUCUUUAUAAAUCCAAUAUUCAAGGUUGGAAAACCAUUUUAAAGACUUCUGGUGAUUCCAUCUUCACUGGUAUCGGAGCCACCUUCAUUGGAUACUCGCUCCAAGGUGCCGGUAAGUACGGAUUCUAUGAAUACUUCAAGACCACUUACAGUAACCUUCUUGGUCCGGAAUACGCUAGUAAGUACAAAACUGGUAUUUUCCUUGGUGCAUCAGCUACUGCUGAGUUUUUGGCUGACCUUGCCUUGUGUCCAUGGGAAACUAUUAAGGUCAAGACACAAACUACCAUUCCCCCUUAUGCCAAUUCUGUGUUUGAUGGUUGGAAGAAGAUCACUGCAACUGAAGGUAUUGGGGGUUUAUAUAAGGGGUUGGUUCCAUUAUGGGGAAGACAAAUCCCAUACACUAUGGUUAAAUUUGCAUCGUUUGAGAAAACUGUUGAACAGAUCUAUAAAUACCUUGGUAAGCCUGCAUCAUACUACACUCCAUUGCAACAGACUGGGGUUUCGUUCUUAGGUGGGUACAUUGCUGGUAUUUUCUGUGCUGUUGUCUCUCACCCUGCUGAUGUUAUGGUUUCUAAGAUUAACUCUCUGAAAAAAGCCAAUGAGAGCGUUGGAGGCGCCUUGAAGAGAAUUUACGGAGAAAUCGGAUUUGCCGGUGUCUGGAAUGGAUUACCAGUUAGAAUUGUAAUGAUUGGUACCUUAACUGGAUUCCAAUGGUUGAUAUACGAUUCUUUCAAGGUUUACAUAGGUUUACCAACCACAGGUGGACAUUAG